AUGCCGCAGGACAGUGGCAGCAAGAAGGAAUUGUCAGCUGGAAAGAUUUCCACCUGGUCCGCUCAAGCUGCUGGAGGCAAUCUGUUGCUGUCGCUCUUCAGCGACUCGGACGCCGUGCUGCGGGGCCGCGCCUUGGAAGUCUUCGUGCGGCGCAGCUACCGCGCCUGCGGUGUUAGCGGCAGCUCCCACCUGGCGGUGGCAACGCAGGGGCCGGGGAUCAUGGGAGCCAGGUGGCGCUUUCGUAACCCUGGUGUCGCAGUGGCCGGCACCAUGAGUGUAUGGCAAGGCUCGGCCAAGGUCUUGCCGCACAGCAAGGCGCUGGAGGAAUACCUAAG